CCCAGAUCUGACCUUUGCGUCGUGUUCCUCCUCGACGUAGAACAAUUCUCUCAUCUAUCGGCGUGCAGAGGCUCCAGAAAAUGUCAGUUGUUUCUAAAUUUGACCGUUGUCAUCAGGCUCUCACGGAAACAUUCGGUCACUCGGAGUAUAAAGGAAAGCAGCGAGAUAUUAUAGAGGCAGCGGUUUCCGGUAUCGAUAUUUUUGUGCUUGCACCAACGGGGAUGGGGAAGAGCAUAUGUUUCCAAUUACCCGCAAUCAUAGAGGAUAGUGGCGUUACAAUUGUCGUCUCACCUUUACUAGCUUUGAUGAAGAAUCAGGUCACAAGUCUGAGGCAAAAAGGUAUCAACGUUGUCUCUUUUACUUCAGAGACGUCUCCUGAAGAUAAGCUCGAGAUUGUUAAAGACCUGACAGAUGGCGUCUAUCAUAACAGGCUCUUAUACAUUACUCCGGAAAGCUUGUGUAACGCUGACUUUUUGGCAAUGUUGCAACCAGUGUACGAGGACGGCGGACUCAACCGGCUAGUCGUGGAUGAAGCACAUUGUAUCUCAGAAUGGGGCCACGAUUUUCGAGAAGGAUAUCGGAGGCUCGGCGUAUUCCGUCGUAGGUUCAAGAAUGUUCCUAUCAUGGCGCUCACCGCGUCUGCCACGGACGCUGUACGCCGUGACAUCAUACUCUCCCUUGGCAUGUCAGAGGCCAAUCUCUUUCAAGCCAUCCACGGGUUCAAUCGCGAGAAUCUUUAUUAUGAAGUUAAAUGUUCUCCGCCUCGCACUUCCCUAUCACACAUGAGCGAGAUAGCCGAAUACAUACUAGACAUGCAUCAACGACGUGGUAAAUCGUCGUGCGGAAUUAUCUAUUGUCGUACACGAAAGCUUUGCGAUGAGUUGGCGAGUUUCUUACGUGGAAAGGGACUAGGCGUGCGCGCAUACCAUAAGGGUCUAACGCCCAAUACACUUGAUAAGACCCUAAGAGAGUGGACGGAUGGUAUUAUAGACGUGGUUGUGGCCACUAUUGCGUUUGGAUUGGGAAUUGAUAAGGGCGAUGUCCGGUAUGUCAUACAUUAUGACCUCCCAAAGAGCAUGGAAGGCUAUUAUCAGGAAACCGGUCGCGCAGGACGGGAUGGGCUGCCUGCAAAAUGCAUCUUGUAUUACACUCGCGAGGAUAUGUCCUACGUCAAAUCUUUGGUCUCCCAGUCUCACAAUAAUCGCGUUCAUCUGGCAGAUGUUCAGAAUGGCCCCGCUCCAAGCCAGAGAACUGGUGAUAGUUUCUCAGCGUUGGUGAACUUUGCUGAAAAUACAGAUGUUUGCCGACACGUCUUGAUAUGUAGAUAUUUCGGCGAAGAUGUGGCUUCGGACACAGACAAAGAUUACUGCGAUUCCAUGUGUGAUGUAUGCAAGUAUCCUAAGGAGACACGGCAGCGAAAGUAUAAACUCACGCCUCUCGAAGACGCGGGUCGUGUUGCCAACGAAUGGAAGAAAAACAGCUCACGUACGUCGUCAAGCGAUAACGUUUCAGCUUCUGAUAUCGGGUGGAAAAGACCUAGCUCAUUCUCUGGAGCGAGUAACUUUGAACCAAAAGCCAAAAAGCCUAAGUCCCAGACAUAUGCUCCGACGCUGAUCACAAAACCCUUCAGCUCUGCUUCGGUAUUAAACAAACCGUUUAAGACGCCAUUCAAAUCCGCGUCUUCUUCGAUACGACACCAUGAUGACCUUGAAGAGAUUGAAGAGGACACCGAGCAUGAGUCGGAGGAGGUGCCGGGUGCAGAUAUCGACACACAGGAGAGUUCAAGAUCAGAAUCCAUUGUCCAUCAUUACGAACGGGAGCGGAUGCCGUCUCCCGAACCCGGUGCUGAGCUCUGCUUCGAAAUCGAGCCGGAAGAAACGUUUUCUAAGAAAAUUGAUUUUUCCGCACGGCAUAAGUGCAUCCGAGCAUUAGCGUGGGCACUAUGCAAGGGCCCAUGGGAACAGAGUGCUAUACUAAAAAUAGCACAGCGUGUCGAACUGCGAGCGCAUGGAUUCUCCAGUACCACCACGGGGUAUAAGGAGCGCAUGAGGGCAAGACUAGAUGUAGUUGAGAUUCUAGUGUCAGGCAGAGAUGUGCAAGCUGAGGAGGAAGGAGAGGAGGUGCUUGAAAUUGUCAAUGAGGUGUGUCUGUAAUAAUUAAUGAAUUCCUGACGCAGAAGAGGCUAGGCUGUAGAGGGGUGCAUUCAAUUUUCUAUUAAGUGAUGAAGAUGUCUGGGCUCGACUCAUGUUUUCAAACAAGGCGAUAUCUGCCCCGCUGGCGUGUGGACGGUGUGAUCGUCCGACAUCGCAACGCAGAAUUCUACCACAUCAGAUCCACGAGAAGUGCAUACGAAACUUACAAAAGGACGGUUCGGUUUGCACUGCUUGUGCUCACGACCCUCAGGAGUUACGCACCACCUUGGCAGCGGAGAAAGAAGCAAAACACCGUACUGGUCUG